CGUGAGAGGGGCGCCGCCUCACGUGACGCGGGCGCCUCCCGAGGAAAAACUACUAACUCUCCCGGCAGGCCUUGCGCUUCCUUUUCAUUUUUUUCCGCCGGCCGCUCAAGAUGUCCAAGCGAGGACGUGGUGGUUCCUCUGGUGCAAAAUUUCGCAUCUCCCUUGGUCUCCCUGUGGGAGCUGUCAUAAACUGCGCAGACAACACUGGGGCCAAAAAUCUAUACAUCAUCUCUGUGAAAGGGAUUAAGGGGCGCCUGAAUAGGCUGCCAGCUGCUGGUGUGGGAGACAUGGUAAUGGCUACUGUCAAGAAAGGCAAACCAGAACUCAGGAAGAAAGUGCAUCCGGCAGUUGUGAUUCGUCAACGGAAAUCGUAUAGGAGAAAAGACGGGGUGUUUUUGUACUUUGAAGACAAUGCGGGGGUCAUAGUAAACAACAAAGGGGAAAUGAAAGGCUCUGCUAUCACAGGCCCCGUAGCCAAGGAAUGUGCAGAUCUGUGGCCCAGGAUCGCCUCCAACGCUGGCAGCAUUGCAUAAACCUGUCUUGUAAAAGUUCAAUAAAAAAAGUGGUUGUACCAAACUC